CAUGCUGGUUUCGGAACGAAUGUUCGAUUGUUGAAAAGGUUGGGGCCCACCACCAAACUGUACUUUUGUGAACUGAACUGUCGUAAGGAGUGGCGUCAGAUUGAGAGCUCCCGGAGACCCGGUUCCAGCCGACCAUCUAACGAAGAUUUUCAUCAAGAUGCCUUACAAUCUUUGCGACACUGCAGCGAUCGUCAUUUUCUAGAAGAGUGAAGAGGGUAGGCCACGCUACCGUCCGAUCAUAUGAGCUCCUCCAUCACUCAGAAGAAGAGAUUAGUAUCAGUGAAAUGGGACUCUUUGGCAGAUUUGGAUCAUCUCCUGCAGCCCUACUCCGGUUGUCAUGCGGUACGCAUUGGAUUGAAACUCAUUGCAUUCACUGCGUUCAGGUUUUCUGUGGCAGGUCCGUAGGCGCCUACCGGAGGUAUUGAUAGCGAAGAUGAGAUUUGGUGGGUGUUUCAAGUAUAGUGCAAUCAUGGGCUGACCUGGGACGGCUGAAACAGUGCACGCUGGGACCGUGAUCAAUGCGCGGGAUCUCGCCUCUGUCGCCAGGAAUUACCUCUGACAACUGCGAGGCGUAUUGGACAGUUGACUCAAAAUUGAGGAAGGUCCUCUCUUACUGUCUUGGGGCGUACAGAUCAUAGUUCCUUGCACUUUGUCUGGGGCUUAAGAGCCUCUUGUACGAGCCUCGGAAACCUCUCCUCCAAUCACCACCGUUCUGUUUCCCUGGCUUUCUCGCGACGGCAGGCAGCCUUCAUAAACGCCCUCGUGUUCUCGAAGUGACUCCAGGACAUGUUUGCUUGAGAAGCUUAGGAGUGACAUUUGUUAGGGUGUCUGUCAGUCACAGAUCUAUCGUCAGUAGUUUGUCAUUGCAAUAUCGAACAGAAAAAUCUGCAGUGCGGUUGGAAGAUCUAGUGCUUAGCCAAUUCCUUCGUUCCUACCAACUGUCAGGUAUCUACUGUACAUACAUCUGUAGCGGAAGUGAGAAGCGGGAAAGUUUGUCGAACACAUGAAUAGAAUCUGGGCAGGUUUGCUUCUCUGUGAUCCAUUGUCACAGAGUUGUCCAAUUAGGGGAGGCAUCAUGCCCAAAUCUAGGGAUUCUAGGCAGGUAGUGCAAGUUUUCGAAGAAAUAGGGCAGUGUAGAUCCGAAGGAAGGGAGGGGCAAACUAUUGUCUCGGAUUUGGAUGGGACAUUAUUGAGAGGUAGAAGCUCUUUUCCUUACUUCAUGCUCAUCGCCUUCGAAGUCGGUGGUUACCUUAGAUCUGUUCUCCUACUCUUAACAGCCCCCAUCAUAUGGAUACUCUACAACUUCGUCUCGGAGGCUGCAGGCAUUAAGUUAAUGAUUUUUGUCUCGUUUGCUGGCUUGAAGGCGAGUAAAAUUCAACUUGCCUCGAGGGCUGUUCUGCCUAGAUUCUAUGCCGAUGAUGUCCAUCCGGAAACAUGGAGAGUUCUAAGUUCGUUUGGAAAACGUUACAUUCUGUCAGCAAAUCCUCGUAUAAUGAUCGAGGUGUUUGCCAAAGAGUACUUAGGAGCGGAUGAGGUGAUUGGUACAGAAAUUGAAGUCAGUAAAGGUGGUAGAGCUACAGGAUUUGUGAAACAUCCCGGGGUGUUGGUUGGCGACCAAAAAGCCAAAGCUCUGAAACGCACCUUUGGGGAUCAAGUUCCCGAUGUUGGGACGGGAGAUCGGGAGUCUGAUUACGAAUUCAUCUCUAUGUGCAAGGAAGGUUACAUUGUACCGGAAGGCAAAACUGAUGCGGUGCCCAAGGAAAGUUUACCGAGGCCGAUGAUCUUCCACGAUGGGAGAUUUGCGCGCAGACCUACACCCUUGGUGGCGCUUGUCAUUCUCGCUUACAUGCCUUUUGGUUUCGUCCUUGCCGUUAUUCGCAUGGCGUGUGGCAUCCUCCUGCCCAUCUCGUGGGCAAUUACCGUCAUGCGCCUCCUUGGAGUGACGAUCAAGGUCAAGGGAACCCCCCCUUCUCGUGCCUGCUCGAAAGAUGGUAAGCUGGGAGUUCUCUUCGUCUGCUCUCAUCGAACGCUGCUCGAUCCUGUGAUGUUGUCUUUUGCUCUCGGUCGGCGUGUUACAGCUGUGACCUAUUCGAUCUCUAGGCUUUGCGAGGCUAUCUCGCCUAUCAGAACAGUGCCUCUUUCACGGAACCGAGAGAAAGACGCCGAUAUGAUCAAGAAGCUGCUUGCCGUCGGAGAUUUGGCAGUUUGUCCGGAGGGAACCACAUGCCGAGAGCCAUUUCUUCUGAGGUUCAGCGCCCUAUUCGCCGAGUUGACUGACGACAUUGUGCCAGUUGCUAUGUCUAACAAAAUGACGAUGUUCCACGGAACGACUGCCACCGGAUGGAAAGGUAUGGAUCCUUUCUACUUCUUCAUGGACAUCAAGCCAACAUAUGAGGUCAACUUUCUGGAGCAAUUGCCGCGUCAGCUGACAUGCGCAGGUGGUAAGAGUAGUCAUGAGGUUGCUAACUACAUUCAAAGGCUUCUUGCUGGAACUCUUGGCUUCGAAUGCACGUUGUUUACACGAAAGGACAAGUACAAGGUCUUGGCGGGCAACGACGGAAGUGUAGCACCGAAAAAGUCAUUGUUCGAUAAAGUGGCUGGUUGCUGAGGAAUGUCAUAAAACAGCCUGUACAUAGCUUCCCUUAUGGUAGUUGCAGAUCAAACCUUUCACCAAUGACCCUCCCUAGUCCUCUCAUUUAUUCUGUGCUCUACUCCGUGGUGUGGUGGAUCGGGGUGUUCGUCCAGAAGGUUGAUUCUGAUUCGCGCACUUAGUAUGGGCCAAUUGGAGGCCCAUUCUUAUUAUUCAUCGUACAAACCCAUUCGAAUGUGCUGCCCCGAGUUGUAAAAUAUUAUGCGCAAUCAUUCUAGUGACCCGGAUAAGGUUGACUGAAGAGAUGUCGACCGGGGUCGAUACUUAGGAGUUAGAUAGCGAAAUAAUGCCAGGGUAGAUGUCUGCCGUAUUUGUAAUUGAAGCAAAAGUUUUAGGUUUUAGCUCUUUCAGUGAGUUCAAGUUUAUUGAUCAGGGCAUAUCUCCGCAACGUAGAAGCCUUCAAGUGGGUGGGUGUUGUCUACAAAAAAUUCCCGAAGGAAUUUCACAUUUUCGACUUUAUUGUGGGACUCUGAAUAACUUUCGAUCAAUGUUCAGAUUAUGGACCAAGUAGAGCCUUG